AUUCUACACUUUUACGAAAAGGGUACACAUUGGCGUUCGUUUUGACGGAAAUGACGUAGACGCCGCUGUUCGUUUUGCAAGUGCAUCUACCCCGAGUGUACACUUUCUCUGCACUUUCCACCCUCGAUCCCGAGCGAGGGCAAGAAGUGUAACCCGCGAUCACAUUCACGCAGUUCUGCACAGUUCGGUCCGGUUCAGUCGAGUCAAGUCGUAUCAAGUCGUGUUCUGUCCGGUUGUGUGUCGUGUCGUUCGUGUCGUUUGCUCCAGUCUGCUAGGAGUAAUGUUUAUUUUUUGUGCAUCAAAUUUUGCGUAAACUACUCCUUGAUAUUGAUAAUGAUUUCCGAGAGAGAUUACGCUCCUCUCAGUGCGGCUUGCGUGCGUUCACUUAAUGACAAAAUGUACGAGAAAAGAAAAGCCGCUGCUUUAGAAAUUGAAAAAAUGGUGAAAGAAUUCGCUACCCAUAAUAAUACGGCGCAGAUUAAAAGACUGCUGAAAGUUCUUGGUCAAGACUUUGCCAUGUCUCAGAAUCCUCAUACUCGUAAAGGUGGUCUCAUAGGACUGGCUGCGAUAGCUAUUGCUUUGGGAAAGGACACCGGACAAUAUACCGAAGACCUUAUACAUCCGAUUCUUGCUUGCUUUUGUGACUCGGAUCUUCGAGUGCGAUACUCUGCGUGCGAGAGUCUUUACAAUGUCGUGAAAGUAGCAAGAGGUGCCGUGCUCCCUCAAUUUACGGACAUCUUCGGUGCUCUGAGCAAAUUGGCCUGCGAUUCGGAGCAAAGUGUCAAGAACGGUACCGAACUUCUCGAUCGCCUAAUGAAAGAUAUCGUUACAGAAAGCGGGAUGUUUGAUUUAGUUGGAUUUAUGCCACUCCUUCGGGAACGUAUUUAUACAAAGAAUCAAUUUGGGAGACAGUUUGUGAUAGCAUGGGUGUCCGUAUUGGGUUCCGUGCCAGAUAUGGAUUUUAUUACAUUUUUACCCGAGAUUUUAGAUGGUCUCUUUAGAAUCCUGGAAGAUCCAACUCCGGAGAUAAAGAAGGUUACGGAUACCGUGUUGGGCGAGUUUUUACGCAACAUUAAAUCCAAUCCCACAAGGGUAGAUUUCCCUGGGAUGAUAAAUAUUCUCAUUACACAUGCCCAAAAUACCGACGAACUGUUGCAACUUACGGCGAUAACAUGGAUCAAGGAAUUUGUUCAUCUUUCCGGACCACUCAUGUUACCUUAUACUUCCGGAAUCUUUACCGCAGUGUUACCUUGUCUAGCUUACGAUAGCGACAGUAGAAAAAAUAUCAAAGAGACGGCUACUCAAGUAAAUGGUAGUCUAAUGAAGCUCAUUACCAUGGAAAGCUCCGAGAUGUCCGAUAAAGUUCAAACGUCAGUUGUAGAAAAUGUUGAUAGUAAUGGACAAAAAGCAGUACAGUCAAAGUGUCCACUGGCGGAAAAGUUGGAUCUGCCGAGUGUAGUAGAAGUCCUUACGAAGCAUUUAAUGCACACGUCUGUGCAGACCAAAGUAGCCGUUUUAAAGUGGAUUCACCAUUUAUUCACAAGCAUUCCUUACAAAAUGUUCCACCACAUAGACGACCUGUUUCCAGUCCUGAUGCGUACUCUGAGCGACAGCUCCGAUGACGUGGUCCAACAGAAUCUUGUUGUCAUGGCUGAAAUCAUUAAUUCCAAGUCUUCGGAGACCACGGUGGAAGAAACGAGUACAGCACGGAAGAAUAAGUACUACACAAAGUUCAUCGUUAAUUUAUUAAGGCUGUUUUCCACCGAUAGACAUCUGUUGGAAGAAAGAGGUGCAUUUAUUAUACGAGAACUGUGCGUACUUCUAAGCGCCGAAGACAUUUACAAAAUAUUAGCUGAAAUUUUGCUCGAGGAACAAAAUUUGAGGUUCGCUUGCAUAAUGGUGCAGACACUGAACGUUAUCUUACUUACAAGUUCGGAACUGUUCGAUCUGCGAAACAAGUUAAAGGAUCUGGAUUCCGAGGUAAAGACCCAAUGCAACUACAAGACCGACCGGUAUGGAAAGCUGCGAAUUGUUCGUGUCACUUUACUUAUCGUGGAGUCACAAUCCCGUGGCGACCGUAGCUCUGUGUUUUUUGACUCAGAACUAUGCACACGCUUGCGACCUCGUAAAGUCCUUUGGAAAUAUGGAGGUAAGCGUAGAAUUCCUCAUAGAGAUCGACAAGUUGGUCCAACUCAUCGAAUCGCCGAUAUUCACAUACUUAAGGUUGGAACUCCUGGAAAGAGAACGGAACGAGGCCCUCGUGCGCGCUCUUUACGGUGUCUUGAUGAUCCUCCCUCAGAGCGAAGCAUUCGGGACAUUGCACCGACGCCUGGCCGCGAUACCUCCACCUACCGCGAGCGCCUCCGCUACGACGAAAACCGAUUCACCCGUCUCUCCGAAGCACUGCAACGUGGACUUUGAAAAGCUUCUGCAACACUUCAAUGCCGUUCAGGAGAAGCACAAGGAGCAGAAACAUAAGCAGAGGCUAACGUCUCUGAUCGAUCGGGAAGCGAGUCACCUGGACGUCUGACCCGGACGUCCCCCAGCAA